AUGGCGUCCACGAUUGUUCUUAUUCUCUCCGCCCUUCUUUCGCUUUUCAACAUUAAUUCAUAUAGCUAUGAGAAUCUCGCCGCCGGCAAGGAAAUCCUUCCGAUCGAUGGUGCGUCCGGCCCGGAAAGUCUAGCAUUUGAUCCCGCCGGCGGCGGACCUUACGCCGGCGUAUCGGACGGCCGGAUCAUCAAAUGGAUACCAAAUCAACGGCGUUGGAUUGAUUUCGCCGUCACAUCUACUCAGAGAGAGGGAUGUGAAGGCUCUCAUGAUCAUGUGGAGAAAGAGAAUGUGUGUGGACGGCCAUUGGGCCUAUGUUUUAAUGAAAGAACGGGAGAUCUUUUUAUUGCUGAUGCUUAUAUGGGCCUGGUUGUUGUGGGCCCUAAUGGUGGAUUGGCCUCCAAAAUAGCUUACGGAAAAGCUCAAGGUAGUAACGGUUUCCGUUUCGCUAACGGCGUUGACAUUGAUCAGAACACACAUGCU